UGUUCUGCUCUUUCUCAUCAGAACUGCAAACUGGAGGAACUACGAGUGGGUCUGUGGGAUACUCUGCGCACCAUCAGAAAGGAGCAUCCAGCAGCAGCAGCAGCAGCCUCCACUAGCAGCUCCCACUCCUCAGAUGCUGCAGAGCUGCACCUCAGAGACAAAGCCCAGCAGCACCCAGGAGCACAGCUGCUCUCUCUGGACACUCACAAGGAGGAUCAUCACAUUGAUGCCCCACAGAGGAGCUGUGAAUCCUGUGCUGAAGUUCCAGACUCCAGCCACUGGGUCCUGGUGAAGCCUGAAGUCUCCACAGAGGAGAGCGUCUCCACCUACAGCCUGAGCUCUCCUGCAGGGAGCUACGAGUGCUCAGAGUCUGGUCUGCGCUGGGCGUGUGCUGGUCCAGUCACCCUGCAGUACCACUUCACAGACUGGCAUGUCUUCUCUGAGGAGCUGGCCCACAUGCAGUCCAGACCAGCUGGUCCUCUGAUGGACAUCAGGCCCAUGUCAGGAGAGCUGGAGGAGAUCCAUCUGCCACAUUUCCUCUGUUUGGGGGGUUGUGAGGUGUCUGUGCGUGAUGCUGUGAGGGUCCUGCAUGGGCGGGACAGCGGAGUGUGUGUGGAGGAGUGUGAGCUGACCCGACACCAUGCCAGACUUCUCCACCCCUCCUUCUCUCCACGUGGCAUUAUCUCCUAUUUGAAAUCUUGGCUGUUUCCCACGGUCCACUCACUUGUGCUGGUCUAUGAGGGCAGAUUGCCGCCCCUGUCUUACCGCGCCUACCUCCUGCCUGAGGAUCCCCGUCUGAAGCAGCUGGUGAAGAACGAUGAGGAGGAGUUGGGGGGCGUUAGGAGGGAAAACCCUCAUCCUGUCAGACCUCUACAGAUGGAGGGCUUCUACAGUCUGAGGACUGACUGCAAAUCUGAGCUCUACCCAGAGGAGCUGAUGCUGAGGUACAGCAAGACCACCCCCAACUUCUAUAAGGCGGAGCUUCUUGAGGCUGCGGCCUCCUUCCACAUGGAGCUGUUCAGCUCUGCAGACAGCAGGGGGCAGUGUGUGUGGAGAGGGAAGUUCCAGUCAGGUGAUGAGAGUCCGGCCAGACCACCAGCAGAGAUUCCGGCGAGGGCCAGAGACGCCCAAUCAGCAGUCAGGAUCCCACAGGGAGCAGAGAGCAGCAGAGACACCAGCAGAGAGACCAGCGGAGCUGAGGGGGAGACCAGCUCAGCGUCUGCACCUUCAAGGCAUCCUGAUCCAGGGCAGGAUUUCUUCUCCAAACACAAGGGGGCGCUGGAGACUCGUCUUCCUGUCCUCGCCUCCAUCCUGAUUCCACUCCAGCAGAGGGGGGUUCUGAAUGACCUGGAGCGGGAGCAGGUGGAGAGCAAACCCACCAGCACAGAACGGAACCGUGUUCUGCUCACCAUCAUACAGAACAAAGGAGCCACAGCCCAAAUGGAGUUCUACGAGGUUCUAAAGGAGGCCGAUCUCAAUCUGGUGAACGACCUGGAAAGAACCACCAGAAUCUUACCUUAAGUAAUAGUAGAGCUUUAAAGUCAUUUUGAUCGUAAACUAACUUCUAUUACGUAGGUACUACUAUUUGUAGGAAAUUGUACAUUACCUUGUCAGUCAAUGUGACUCUUUGGAGAUUAUUUUUGCCAGUGUGUAAACAAAUUCACAUGUUGCGUAUUUAUUCAGGGUGAAGGAUCUGAGCCAUGAGUGGUAUUUACGGCAGUUGUGUAAAAUACAAAUACUCCUCAACUGUAGGUGCUUUCUAGGGGUUCUUAUAUCUUGUGCUAACAUGUACAGUAUGCGCAGAGCUCUGAAGUUCAGAAGGAAUGUGCGUCACUCUUACUCUUGGGGUUAAUACUGGUGCUGAUGUGUGUUCCUCCUGUUUAUUUUAUAUGAAUGCGUCAGUUUUCAGUAAAUAACUGUUUUUCUUCCAUAUGUUGUUGCCAUUCAUUUGAUCAAUAAGGACAGUUAUUAUCCUAUUGGCAUGAGUGAAAUACGAGACUUGUGUCUCUCAGAUGAUCUGAUCUCAGGGCUCUCAGGUAAACUUUGUCUGGAUUAAUUGUGUAAACCUGUAAUGACCAUACAGUGGCUCAGGGAAGAGAAAAUAGCCAAACCUUUGGUAUCAGCAUUGUCCUCCUGAAUGUACACCAUAGUGGCCACGCCUGUCUCUGUAGCCUACUGUGAAUGUAUGCAGGCCACCUGUUAUAUCAUAUGUAUAGAAUUCUGUUGCCCUGUGUGUUCCAACCAAUGACAUGUUUAGAAUUCCAUUGCUAAUAGCGCCUUCAUGCCACAUCAGAUCUUCAGCAAUUCCAACCUCCGAUAGGAAAGAUGACUUGAAUGCAAAGUCGGCUCGUUUUAUUGCUCGGAGACUCGUGCGGAAGGAAAGUGGCAAUCCAAGUCUUUCCUCCUUUUUACUGUUGUUACCUCAUGAGUUACCCUGACGGAGGAACUGCCCUCCACACACUCAUUAUGGGAUGUCCAGCAGAGCAAGAGGAUGUAUUGUUGCGUACACACAGUUUUAGACUCACACAUCACAAGCCCUUGUUCACUUUGU